AGUGAAGUGUGAUUUUAGCAUUUGUUGAAACAAGAGAGGCAAACAAUGAGUAUUCCCGCCGCCUACGCGGCCACUGCCACCACUCAACUGCCUCCGCCUCCGCCUCCGCCGCCGCCACCCCAAAUCCCAACGCAACCCAUCAACGCCAACGGAAUUCACUCCAACAGCUUUGCAAAACGCCAUCUCCCGUUGAGACAGGCCAAUUGCAGCAAUAAAGCCGCCAUCGACCCCACCGUCUUAUGGACCUCGUCUAUAACUCGGCACUGUCGAAACGGCCGUUUAGCCGACGCUGCCGCAGAGUUUGCUGAGAUGAGAGUAUCCGGCGUCGAGCCCAAUUACGUCACCUUCGUUUCUCUUCUCUCUGCCUGCGCCGAAUUUCCUUUACUAACUCUGUGUUUUGGGGCGUCGCUGCAUGCCUAUGUUCGUAAAUUGGGCUUGGAUACUACCAACGUCAAGGUGGGCACGGCCGUUGUCGACAUGUACUCCAAAUCUGGCCGCGUCGAUCUGGCUCGGCUGAGUUUCGAUGAGAUAUGCCUGAAGAAUAACGUGUCUUGGAAUACCAUGAUUGAUGGGCACAUGAGAAAUGGCCAAAUUGAGGAUGCAAUCCAGCUGUUCAAUGAAAUGCCGAAGAGAGAUACAGUUUCCUGGACUGCUUUGCUGAAUGGGUUUGCCAAGAACGGUCAGUUUGAGCAAGCUUUGGCGUGGUAUCAGGAAAUGCAGGUUUCAGGCGUGGAACCCGAUUAUGUCACCAUUAUUUCUGUACUCUCGGCUUGUUCCAAUUUGGGGACUCUUGGUUUAGGCUUAUGGCUCCAUCGAUUUGUGUUGAAUCAGGAUCUCAAGGACAAUGUUAGGAUCAAUAACUCACUAAUAGACAUGUAUUCCCGGUGUGGAUGCAUCAAAUUUGCUAGUCAAGUGUUUGAGGAUAUGAAAGUUAGAAGCUUGGUCUCAUGGAACUCCAUCAUUGUGGGCUUUGCUAUUAAUGGGCAUGCAGAGGAGGCUCUUGACCAUUUCAACUUGAUGCAACAAGAGGGCUUUAAGCCAGAUGGUGUAAGUUUUACCGGAGCUCUGGCUGCUUGCAGCCAUGCCGGCUUGGUUGAUAAAGGAUUGAAGCUCUUCCACGUGAUGAAGAGAGUUUAUAGGCUAUCUCCCACAAUAGAACAUUAUGGAUGCAUUGUCGAUCUUUAUAGCCGUGCAGGGAGGCUGAAAGAUGCCUUGGAGGUGAUCGAAGACAUGCCAAUGAGGCCUAAUGAGGUUGUGUUGGGAUCGUUGCUGGCUGCUUGUAGGACUCGUGGCAAUGUUGACUUGGCAGAAAGGUUGAUGAAUUAUCUUCUUGAGUUGGAGCCGGGUACUGAUUCAAAUUAUGUGCUCCUGUCAAAUAUAUAUGCAGCUGUCGGAAGCUGGGAUGGGGCAAACAGCGUGAGGAAGAAGAUGAAGGAUCUCGGAAUACAGAAGAAACCCGGGAUCAGUUCUAUUGAAAUAGACUGCAAUGUUCAUGAAUUUGUAGCUGGUGAUAAAUACCACGUUGAAACAGAAAAAAUAUAUGCAAUGCUAGAGGAUCUUCGCCUGGAGCUCAGGCUAUCCGGAUAUGUUCCUGAAACUUAUGUAGGGGAACCAUAUGAGUAUGAUUGAAGCCAUUAUUGCCGUUUCCUUUGGCCUAA